AUGAACUCUUCCCACCUGAACAACCGAGCAGAGAGUCAUUUCCAAGCACAAGAAGAGCAUGAACUGGAGACGUUAGGGAAGAAAGCGUGGGACAACCCUGUAUACAACGGUUCGCCUUCUUCUUCAAUGAAAAUCAGGACGAUCUACAACCCCAAGGCUAUCCUGGAAAACCCCUACGAGAACGUUGAGAAACUGAGCGACCCGCUGCCCUACCCAGAAGAGGGAAAGGAAACGGAGGAUGCUAAGAAGAAGAAGAGUUCCAUCCCUGGUUGCUGUUUCCACAUCUUCAAAGGCAUUCGAGGACUGUGGGGCACAACUCUGACUGAAAACACGGCUGAAAACCGUGAGCUUUAUGUGAAGACCACCCUACGUGAACUUCUGGUCUACAUUGUAUUCUUGGUGGAUAUCUGUUUGUUGACCUACGGGAUGACAAGUUCAAAUGCCUUCUAUUACACCAAAGUUAUGUCUGAUCUCUUCUUACAAAGCUCUUCCGACAAAGGUGUGUCCUUCCAGUCCAUUGGAAGCAUGGCUGACUUUUGGGCUUAUACUCAGGGCCCCCUACUGGAUAAUUUGUAUUGGACUAAAUGGUACAACAACGAAUCACUAGGCCAGAACACGCAGUCGUACAUCUAUUACGAGAAUUUGCUCCUUGGUGUCCCGCGACUGCGCCAGCUAAAGGUCCAGAACAACUCAUGCGCUGUGCAUGAUGACUUCAAAGAAGACAUUUCUGGCUGCUAUGACGUAUACAGUGAGGAGAAGGAGGACAGAUCUCCCUUCGGGCUCCUCAAUGGAACAGCAUGGCAGUACCACACAGAGGAAGAACUUGAUGGUUCGUCUCACUGGGGAAGAUUAACAAGUUACAGCGGAGGAGGGUAUUAUGUAGAUCUCAAAAUGACCCGAGAGGAAAGCAUCGAUGCCCUUCAGAUCUUGAAAGAGAACUUGUGGCUGGAUCGGGGAACACGCGUGAUUUUUAUCGACUUCUCUGUGUAUAAUGCCAACAUCAAUCUCUUCUGCGUGCUUAGGUUGGUGGUUGAAUUCCCAGCCACUGGCGGAGCCAUCCCUUCGUGGCAGAUCCGAACCGUCAAGCUCCUCCGGUACGUCAGCACUUGGGACUUCUUCAUUGUUGCCUGUGAAAUUAUCUUCUGUGUCUUCAUCUUCUACUACAUCGUAGAAGAGAUUUUGGAACUGCACAUUCAUAGGCUCCGUUACUUCACCAGCAUCUGGAACAUCUUGGAUAUAGUGGUCAUAUUGCUUUCUAUCGUAGCCAUUGGAUUCCACAUCUUUCGCACCAUGGAAGUCAACAGGUUGAUGGGGCAGCUGCUGAAAAAGCCCAACAUUUAUGCCGACUUCGAGUUCCUGGCUUUCUGGCAGACCCAGUAUAACAACAUGAACGCUGUCAACUUAUUCUUCGCCUGGAUCAAGAUAUUCAAGUACAUUAGCUUUAACAAAACCAUGACCCAACUCUCUUCCACACUGGCCCGCUGUGCCAAGGACAUCCUGGGCUUUGCCAUCAUGUUCUUCAUUGUCUUCUUUGCCUACGCACAGCUGGGCUACCUUCUUUUUGGGACCCAAGUGGAAAACUUCAGCACCUUCGUGAAAUGCAUCUUCACCCAAUUUCGAAUCAUCCUCGGUGACUUCGACUACAACGCCAUCGACAACGCCAACAGGAUCUUGGGGCCGAUCUAUUUUGUCACCUACGUCUUCUUUGUUUUCUUUGUCCUGCUGAAUAUGUUCUUGGCGAUCAUCAACGACACCUACUCAGAAGUCAAGGAGGAGCUUUCAAACCAGAAGAAUGAAUUGCAGCUCUCCGACAUCCUGAAGCAGGGCUACAACAAGACCCUCAUGAGGCUGAAGCUGAAAAAAGACCGGAUCUCCGAUGUGCAGAAAGCCCUGCAGAAAGGAACCAAGGAGCUCGAAUUUGAGGAUUUUAAAAACAGCCUGAGAGAGCUUGGCCACGCCGAGCACGAGAUCACUGCAGCUUUUGCCAGGUUUGAUAAAGACGGCAACCAGAUUCUUGAUGAGGAGGAGCAGAAGAGAAUGAGGAAUGACUUAGAGGAGAAGAGGGUUGCACUGAAUGCCGAAAUUGAGAGCUUGGGGAAAUCGUUCAGGGGCAACAGUUUGGAGGAUACCCUGGCAAAGAAUAAUCAAGUAAACAAGUCUGGUUCGGGGUCCGAAGAAGAGUUUCAAACACUCCUGCGGCGGGUGCUACAGUUAGAACACUCCAUUGGCAGCGUUGGAACCAAGAUUGAAGCUGUGGUCAUGAAGAUGGAGAGCCUGGAAAGAAGCAAACUGAAGAAGAAGGGCCCACUGGAAAAGUUUCUCAACCACACGAGCAAAGAAGAACUCGGCCAUGAAGAUCCGAAUCGUCAGAACCUUGAGUGGGUACCGGAGGAAGGAGGUGAAUCGGAGGAGGCAUGCUUGCCGGAGAAUGUCAACAAGAACUUGUUGAAUACCAGCAAUGCCAUCUACCCUGCCCUUCCCAAGACACCACUGCCAAGCUCUCAGAUGCCCAAGAACAUCCCUCUGCAAUCUAAUAUGAACUUCUAGCUCAUUUCUGGAUCACUUCACCUUGAUUCUAAAAGAAAUGUCUACUGUUUCACUUCUGCUAGGCUUGCCAGAGAAGAUAAAGCACCAUAACCAAGCUUAUCUGUCUGUCCACAUGCAACCAAGAACAGGGCAAAUGUCACCUCUAGGCUUUGGGGGGUAGUGGGGGGUCAGAUCUGGAUCUGUAUUGUACUGCUGGCUCCUGUAUGUUUCAAAUUGACCCCAAUCUUGUCCACAUGUGAAGUCUCUGGGAAAUCUGUCAUUUGGAGUUGCCCGAGAUGAUUUUCCUAAAUGGAUGUCAUUUUCAUGUAGGAAAACCAGCUUCAAAGACAUGCCUUGCAAUAUGCGUACAUCUUCUUGUUGCUUAUUUCUCGAAAUAGAUGUGGCAUUUUUAAAAAAUUUUAAAAUCCCUCAACAUACUGGGAAGGAAGGUGGCAGGGUAUAGCCUGAUUUCAUCGGAUCUUGGAAGCUAAGCAGGGUUGGUGCUUGGAUGGGCGACCGCCAGGGAAGACUCUGCCGAGGAAGGCAGAGGCAAACCACCCCUGCUUCUCACUUGCCUCGAAAGCCCCUUGCCGGCAUCACCAUAAGUCGAUUGCAACUUGACGGGGGUGGGGUGCGUGCAUGCGCGCGCACACCCACAAAAAAUGGAUCGGUACAUAAAAUCAAGCACUUAAAUCAACUAUUUAAAAUAUCGAUACUUCUAUUUUUCCCAAGGGAGCAGCUCCCCAGGGCAUUUCAAAUUCAGAAAACAGUGCAGGGGGGAAAGGCUUAACUCGUUUCCCUCAUGGAGCUGGAUCCAGAUCACUCCCCUCCCCAUAUGUCUGAAUUUCUGAGAAAAAGAAAUUCCGGGUGCUCUGUUCGUGGAGCAUCCUGCGUCACAUCUGUGCGGUCCCUUCAAAAAUGCUAAAUUACUGGGAAAGCACACGAUGUUCUUGCAAACAAACCACUUUGCUGUACCAAUCAUUCCCCCCACCUUUAGCCAGCUCUCCUAACCGCCCUUCUUCCUCCACUUUUGAGCUCGUUCUAAUAGUUGUUAGUAAACUGAGAAUUGUUAAUAGCCAUUAGAAUAAGGAUAACUCAAAGGCAUCAUAUGGAAAGAAUUCCUCCUCAGCUUUUCUGAGGAGCAAUUUCAGAGUACCCCGAAGACUGACAAAUGGGGCAGCCUGUAAUCUGGAAUGUCCUGUG